CCUCAGUACCUUCGUCGUGGCGCGAGUGGUAGGUUCAUCGCCGCUUCUUACUAGCAUCGUCUAAGUUUACGAACGUAAAUGAGGCCAAGAGGAAAUUUCACAUAAAUACUUUGGAUAUGUAAUAAGUGUGUUAGACGGUAGACAGGACAGUCAAGAUCACUUUGUAGUGUAGAUAAAUUGUCGUUAGAUUUUUGUGUAAAAUAGAGAUAGUGAAUAAAAAUAAAUUUUUGAAAGUUUUGACCAAAUUACAAGAUGAAAUGAAUACUGUAAUCGAUAAGUAGAUUAUUUAGUAACUAGCACUUAAAAAUCAAGUGACACAAAACACAAAAAUGAUUUAAAUAAAAAUAAUCUGUGCCAAAUCUCCGAGUUUAAUAAAAAUGGAGUUGACGUGUUCUAAAUAUAUAUUUUGAAGAUGUCUUCCGAAGUGUCACUGGAGGGACAUGAAAGGCCUGGGAUCAUAAGGAGGGCCACAGGGGUCUGUCUUAAGGCAACAUGUUCACAAAUUGGCCUGGUUGUGUUAGUUGUGGUUUAUGUUUUGUUGGGAGCACUUCUUUUUGAGUAUUUGGAGUCCGAACCGCAGGUCCAGAAGAGGUCCGUGAUUCAGAGAUCCAGGGAGGAGUGCCUGAAGGAACUCUGGGCUAUUACAGAACGUCUGAACGUCCUCUACGAGCGGAACUGGACGCGCCUGGUACACGAACAACUGCGGAAGUUCGAGUCCUCAAUAGUGGCCGCCGCGAGGCAGUCCCCUGAAGCCCAGCCGCCGGAGCUAGCCUUGGACUCCAAGUGGACCUUCUCCGGAGCCCUGAUUUAUUGCAUCACCCUCAUUACCACUAUAGGCUACGGCAACGUCUCACCUCGUACAGCGGCCGGAAGAGCAGCGACGGUAGUCUAUGCUGCAGCUGGCGUGCCUCUAACGUUAGCCUGCUUGGCUGGACUGGGGGCCUCGCUGGCAAGACUAGCGCGGUUAGCUUGGCUCAGAGCUACAAAGAGAAAAGUGUCCAAUGCUUGGAGAAAAGACACAGAGAUGGAAAACCACCUCCCGCUCCACGAGCAACAGCGUCUUCUCCCUCAGCCAGCAGAACACAAUCAGUACACAUCGUUCCCCCCACGCAGUCACAGAUCCCCUGGGACGGUCAGGGCCAGGGCUGGAGACCGAGGUCAAUAUUCGCAAGUAUUUGAGAGGGCCCCGACGAGUCCUAGAGCCGCGACCCUAGGUCGCAUCAAGCGCAGUGCCUUAGCUGAUGAACCACACACAUCAUCAUCUCUCCAGACUCAAACUUUAGACCGAAAGAAAACCAGUGGCAAAUGCCUAGCGACAGUUCAUGGUCCUACUAGAGGCAGAGGAAGGGGAGUCAUCCAAAGACCAAGAGGUCAAGUAAUAGAACAACUAAUUGCUGAAGAAUGUGGAGAUUUAGCUUCCAACAGAAGUCAAGAUGAUCUUGACGAUUCUGAAGAUACUGACGAAGCAAUAUGCCCACACGACACCCCUUCACGCGUGCCUUUGAUCUGGAACGAAGAGAAACAUAAAAGCAAGAGCUGCGCAGUCCCCAGCAGCAGUGGCUCCACCAGCAUCCAGCACCACAUGAACCAUGGCAUCGAUCACUGCCAGAUCCCAGUCGGCAUCGUUCUAUUCCUCCUCCUUGCCUAUAUCUGCAUAGGUGCUGCCAUCUUCUCCGCUUGGGAAAACUGGAGCUUCUUAGAUGCCGCAUACUUUUGCUUCAUAGCAUUAGCAACUAUAGGAUUCGGUGAUUUCGUGCCUACUAGCUUCCUUACCUCUAAACACACCACGGAGAACUCCAGAAGUGAAUACAUACAAAUGAUAGCGUGUUGUGCUUAUCUAGUUUUCGGACUGAUUCUAAUAGCAAUGUCGUUUAGUUUGCUUCAAGAUGAAGUUGUUGCAAGGUGUACGCAAUUCGCUAAUAGUUUGGGGCUUUCAAGGCAAUGACAGUACCAGAAAAGCGAUUGUAGCUCCACAGAUAACCAUCUAAGGAUGUUAUGAUCGUUAUUGUAAUAAGUUGGUCUUGGAUCCAUAUCGAUCCCGCUCUGUACUUCAAUCUAGAGGAAUUGUAUUUCAUGUUAUCAUUGUAUUAUAAACAAAAUUAUUUUCUCAUAUCAACGUAAAUGGGUAGUUUAAUGGAGAAAUUUGAAAACUUUUUACGGAAUUUGUACUCGAAAUUGAAGUGAUGUUUGUGAUGUAAAUAAUGUAUAAAAUCUAUUUAUAAAAGCAAGGCUGAAAUUGUAAUGAAACAAUAAAAUUGUG